UCUCUCUUCGUUUCAGUCCGUGUUUACAUCGUCUUUCAAGACAAAGGCACUGGGUGCAAUGACCAAAACGUUAUUUAAGAGUGCUCCUGGACGGAACGUCGAAACGAAUUAAGUAGGUGACUUGUCCUUAGAGACUGAAUAUUAAACAGCUCUCUCUUGGAGGACAACAAGAAGCACCGCAUCUCUAGUGAAGGCAUGAAGCGUCAGUGAAGAUCAAUCUGUGGAUUUCUCGCACUGUUUUUAAUGGUUUCUAGCCAGUGGGUCCUGACGGUAGAUCUUCAUGCAAUUUAAGAUUGGAUGUCGACGGAGAAUAGUGUAACCAUAGUGUUAACCAUAGUGAGAUAACGUUCCUUUUUUGUCUUGCUAGCCCAGGCACGUUCAAGGCAAGUACAGUUUUCAGCGAUAGCAAAGCAAUUUUACCUUCUCUCGGACUUGGAAUUGCCCUCGGGUAUCGGGUAGCUUAUGAAAAUCAGGGAUCAACUCAUUGGGAAUUGCCACUGUAAAAUAAAUGGAAUUGUGACUGAGGGGAAGACCUUGGAUUCUUGAGAACAAAGCGCGUGUGAUUUAGCUAACACAACCAUUUGAGUGUUUUGCAGUGCUUGUUUGAGCACAGUAUUGUUUACCUAUUAAGCCCAGUGAAUAACCAAUGUUUUUGAGGCAGCUAGACAGUAAAGUGAACUGCAGUGUUGUCUUUCAAAGGAUCUACCGGACAAUUCAAUCGAGAUUUCUUUGAUUUUGGAGGGAACCAACAGGGUAUUCUUAUUAGCAUCCAAAAACAUUGGGGUUUGCAGCCUAUGCAAACAGAGCUGAUCUGUCACCACUCAGGGUUUUUUCGCUGCUUAACAUUAACCCUGUACACUACAACUGGAGCCAUUUUCGCCUUUCCAAUUCUUUGUUCUACCCGGCAAUGCGACGAGAUCUGUCGGUGCUGAAUUUUUAUCAGGGUGUUGACCACUGAAAGAAAAGAACAUUUUUUACUGUGACAGAAGUGAGGUUAUCACUAGAAGCUAUUCGGAAACAACACAACCAUGGCCGCAGUGGUAAACUAUUCUCCUCCUUGGUGGGCGAACCUUCUGCAUCGUCUCCCGCACUUCAACAUUCAGUUCCAACUAACCAGCAGCGAUUUCCGCCCGGAGGACUCUGAGUAUCAAAAGUCGGUGUUGUUGCUAGGCAGCGUGGCGUUGGUGUGCCUAGCCCUCGAUCUCCUCUUCCUCCUCUUCUACUCCUUCUGGCUGUGCUGUCGCCGCAGGAAGAAUGAGGAGCCACCCAACGCUGACUGCUGCUGCACGGCCUGGUGUGUUAUCAUCGCUACACUCGUCUGCAGUGCUGGAAUUGCAGUGGGUUUCUAUGGAAACGGUGAAACGUGCGAUGGUGUGACACGACUGACAUAUUCUCUGCGCCAUGCCAACCAAACUGUGGCAGGCAUCAACAAACUGGUAUCUGAGAGCUCCUCCAGUCUGAAUGAGACGGUUCAGGAGGGCCUGGUGCAGUUGGAGAGUGUGUAUGCGGCACACACUGACUACCUGGCCAUUGUGCAGAAGCUGCAGGGACAGCUGGAUGAGCUUGUGGGACUGAUGGUGGAAGUGCCUUUUUGGAGUAACACCGACCUGUCCCUGGACACCCUGGCCUCCACUACCGAGCAGUACGACUGGUACCGGUGGCUGGGAUAUCUAGGUCUGUUGCUCUUUGAUGUGCUGAUCUGCCUCCUGGUUCUAGUUGGCCUCAUACGGAACUCCAAAGGCAUCCUGAUUGGUGUGUGUCUUCUAGGCCUGCUGGCACUGGUCAUCAGCUGGGCUUCCCUGGGUCUUGAGCUUUCUGUUGCCGUGACUGCCAGUGAUUUCUGUGUUGCACCCAAUACUUACAUCACAAAAGUUACUCGCGAGAAUGCCAUUAUCAACCAAGAUAUUCUACAGUAUUACCUGAAGUGUAGUAGUGGACAGACCAACCCAUUUCAGCAGAAACUUUCCGGCAGUCACAAAGCUCUGGUGGAAAUGCAGGAUGACAUGGCAGAACUGCUUCGUUCAGCCACCCGAGAGUACCCCAAAACCAAGGGUAACCUGGAGCAGAUGCAGGCAGUGUUGAACUCUACUGAAGUUAGUCUCCACCAACUCACAGCCCUGGUGGACUGCCGCAGCCUACACAUGGACUAUGUGCAGGCUCUGACUGGUUUGUGUUAUGAUGGUGUGGAGGGGCUCAUCUACUUGGUCCUCUUCUCUUUUGUCACCGCACUCAUGUUCAGCUCCAUCGUCUGCAGCGUACCCCACACCUGGCAGAGCAAGAGGAAUGAGGAUGAGGAUGGUGACGAAUCUUCCGCCACGCUUGGCUCGCGAGCGCCUCACGAUAACCUGUACCGCGUUCACAUGCCCAGUUUGUACAGCUGCGGCAGCAGCACCUACGGCAGUGAGGCUAGCCUCCCGGCCGCGGCACACACCGUCAGCAACGCACCCGUCACUGAAUACAUGAGCCAGAAUGCUAACUUUCAGACCCCUCGAUGUGAGAACACACCAUUGAUUGGCAGAGAAUCCCCUCCGCCCUCUUACACCUCAAGCAUGAGGGCCAAGUACCUGGCCACCACCCGACCCGACCAGUCCAGACCAACGGAAAAUCAGAGCCGUUUGGAACCCCACAUGCGACCAGACCAAACCAGCCGAUCUGCCCCCAACAGCCGACCUAAUUCUGCCAUCCACCGGCCCCACUCUUCAAUCCAUUAACCAGCCUGAAAAGUAUCUCAAGUAUCUACGCCAAUGCGUUCUCUCAGUAGUCAUCUCACUCAUGCAACUCGUCAAUCCAUUACACAUCCUGAAACUGUUGAAUCUGCUGAAGCAUCAUGCAUUAUACAUGCUUCAGUAUUAAAGCGGCUCCACAGCCAGUUUCUGCUCUUCCCAUUAACACAUGAAACAUCUUAAGCCACUGUAGGUCUUGAGUCAAAACACAGAUAUGACUAUGAACAAGCCACUGACAAGAACUUCAGCCUGCUAAUAAUCCAAACAAUAUACAUGACAUUAUAAAAGACACAUACGUGGUUGUUAUAGCACGGCUAAUGUAAUUAACAUUUUGGAC